AUGGCAUUUUUGAAAUGGAACGAAUUUCCAUCGGACCUAAGUCAUGGAUUUUACAUUCCAAGUGCUGUGAUAUCAACAUUUCUUCCUUCAACAACAAAAUCAAAUUAUAUUCUUCGAUCACUCAAUUCAUUUUCUUUAAAUCAAAGUCUUUCAUUAUCGUUCGAUGAUUUUGUUCGAUUCUAUUCCGAAUCCUCACUUGCUAAUCGUCCAAUACCUGAUUUCAGUAUGCCAUUCAAUGUGAUUUGUUUGGGUUGUACGGCUGUCGCUGUUGCCUUUGGUAAUUUACAUAAUUUGACAACAAAAGAAUUUUGA